ACUGCCCACGUUGCUAGGCGACAGCAUCACUGAUGAACUUGCCGAUGAUCCUAACUUUCAGAAGCGGAACUGAAUCGAGUUAUUUGAAGUUGUCCAGUGUACCAGGCGUGUAGUACACUACGAUGUGUCAUACCGAGCAUGGUGAUGGACUUGACCCGUGUUGUCACAGUGGCAGUCCAGUCGGAUCCACUGAGCAGCCAUGACUUGGAUGGGGACAUGAUUGCCUCCAUGUCACCUUGUCAAGACGCACUCAUGAUGGGAGCUUGCGACAGUUCCUGUCUCACCGAUGACAGCAUCGAAGAAGUGGUGGUCGUUGCAGAUAAUUCUAGCAACUCCUUGUCUGGGCUCGGUAGCCUGGAUUCUGAAGGCAGUUCUGAAGUCACGCUGGCUCCUUCCUACUUCCUCGCUCCCUGUGGCGAAGACGGCAGUCCCGACAAGCCGGCCUUUGAGCAAGAGCCCACACUCAUUCUGGCACCUCAUAGUUUGUGCAAUGACCAUGACAGUUUACAAGAGGAACCGAUUUCUUUUUCCCCAAUGAGAUUUAACGAGGGCCAGUCAGAGGCAACUGCCACUCCUACUGUUCAGACGGACAUUAACCAGAACUGGUUUACUAGUAAAGAGGACAAGAGCAGCCUGCAGAGCAAAGGUCAUUCCUGGAAGCAAGGCAUGUUUUCCAAAGAGGAGACCGAAAUACUCGAAGAGAAUAUUCAAAAGUAUUGCGAGGCACGCAACAUCAGCAGUCCUGCGACGGUCAUCUUCUCGAUGACCAAGGAGGAGCGCAAGGACUUCUACCGCACUAUUGCCAAGGGCCUCAACAGGCCCCUCUUCUCAGUCUACCGCCGUGUCAUCCGCAUGUACGACAACAAGAACCACAUUGGAAAAUACUCUUCGGAAGAACUGGACCAGCUGAAAGCGCUGAGGGCAGCCCAUGGAAAUGACUGGCGGCUCAUUGGAAACGCACUUGGUAGGAGCGCCGCUUCCAUUAAGGACCGGUGCCGCCUCAUGAAGGAGAACUGUCGUCAGGGGGUGUGGCUUCCGGCAGAGGAGCGGCGUCUGGCCGAGGCUGUGUACGACCUGAGCGGGUCGCUGCCGGGGGAGAUUGUGACGUCCGGCCUGUCGUGGACGCAAGUGGCCGAACGAGUGGCCAGCCGGUCGGAGAAGCAGUGCCGCACCAAGUGGCUCAACUACCUCAACUGGAAGGAGGCCGGAGGGACACUCUGGACACGCGAGGACGACAUCACCCUCAUCAGCACGGUGUACACAUUGGGAGUUUCCGAAGAGACCAUGAUUGACUGGACAGAAUUUGCCAAAGACUGGUCAAGUGUGAGGUCACCGCAAUGGCUUCGUGGGAAAUGGUGGAGCCUUAAGAGGAAUGUACCCAAUGCGAACAAGAUGACAUUUCUAGAGAUCUGUGAAUACCUGUACAAGAAUUAUGGGCAGAGGAUGCAGUUCAAGGACGACGUCAGCAAAGCCACCACCUCCUCGGUGACCCUAGUGAACGGGGACGCUUGUCUCGGGGCCCGAUUGCAACCCAAGGCCCCGAGUGUGCCCCUGGUGUCUUCCGUGAGGCUCCUGAAUUCAACAUCGGCGCUGACCGUCCAGCCCACUGCGCCAACGCUAAGUGUGGCCACUGCCCUCUCCACCGCCCUGCAAUCGAUCAGCAGCACCCCCAUAACGCUGACGACAACGGAGGGCGGAGGCAUCUUGGAGGUGAUCCCUCAGAAUUUCCAGCUGCCAGCAACAUCCCAGACGAUCCUGCUGACAACACCGGGACAGGGCGGCAUCCCCAUAUCCACAACAUCUCUGCCUCAGGGACAAAUCAUCAUCCAGACACUUCCUGCAGAGCCCCUUGAGAGCACGGAAAGCCUGCUGGUACAGAUGAACCUGGCCCCUCGAGUGAUUGUCAACUCGGACAGUGAGUUUCUGUCCUCGCCCCAGGAAGCAGACUGUCCCGCGGUUUCCCUGGACACAUCGGAGAUUGACGCUUCCAGCUACGCCAUGUGCUGCAUCGACGGAGAAGAGUUUGAAGUGCAGGAAAUUCAUGACACCUCAUCUAUAGAUGAAGUUGACGAGUCUUCUCUUGUAACUAGUCAGAUGGAUGAAAACUGUGUGGAAAGUGUGAUAUUGUCUGAUCCUAUGCUUGCGGGAAGUCCGGAGAUGCUUGGUUCGGCGUCGGACCUCGAAAGUGAAAAGUCUCACGUCGUGGACAGUCUCGACGUCGUGCCAGAAGAUACAUGAGCACUGCCAAUAGGAUAUAUUCUGUUCAUCGACCUUAUUUAUGAAAAUUGCAAUAUGUAAAUAAGAAUGCGUUUUUUUUUCAAAUGU